CCUGUCGACAGUUAUGGUUUGAACUGUUCAUGUGGGUUCUCGUCUCUGAAGCCAGAGGACCUGGAGGAGUUGGACUGUUACCGACAAGAUGAACGUCAGCAACGGGACUGACUGCGACCAGGUCAACACCCCGGCCCAUGUCUUCUUCAUGCUCGUCUACAGUCUGCAGUUCCUGGUCGGCCUGCUCCUGAACGGUUUCACCCUGAAGGUUUACUUCUGCAGAGGCCAGCAGCAGAGGACCAGCAGCGUGACCGUCUACCUGAAGAACCUGGCGGCCUCCGACUUCCUGAUCAGCCUCUGUCUCCCCGUUCGAAUCCUCCACUUCGCCAGCAGCUCCGUCCCCGUGCGCCUGGUCUACUGCCACUUCGGUUCUGCCGCCUUCUACCUCAACAUGUACGCCAGCAUCCUGUUCAUGGGAUUCAUCGCCGCUAACAGGUAUCUGAAGAUCGUCCACCCUGUAGGAAAUCACAUCCUGCAGACCGUGAGGGUCGCUCGCCUCGUCUCCACCGGGACCUGGCUCUUCCUUCUGGCCUCGUCCUGCAGCUACAUCGUCCUGUCCCUCCUCACCCAGGACUCAGAGCCGCCCCGCAUGGUGCCGGUCACUCACAGCUGUGAAGUCCUGCACAGUCCACAGCUCCGCGUUUUCUACAAAUUCAUCCACACCUGCUCCGCCACCAUCUUCCUGCUGGUCCUCGUCUCCCUGGUCCUCUUCUACUGGGGCACCUCCCGCAGGCUGUCCCAGGUCCAGCAGAGGCAGCCGGCGUCCUCCAGCUUCAACAAACUGGCCAAGUGCCGCAGGAACAUGUUGGUGCUGGUCAUCGUGUUCUGCGUCUGCUUCGUCCCGUACCACCUGGUGCGACUCCCCUACGCCUUCCUGUCCAAGCAGUGCCGCUGGAAGCAGACCUUCUUCUACCUGAAGGAGCUGACCGUCAUGGUGUCGGUUCUCAACGUCUGCCUGGACCCGCUCAUCUACUUCAUCUUCUGCAAGACCUUCAGGGCCCAGCUGGGCACGAGGAGGCCGGUCAGCACGUCGCAGGUCUCGUCCAACGCAGGAAGACUCGAGAUGAAAAGCAACGACGAGUGUUGAAGCAGAGCGGCGUCCACACACAACACCUGGGACUUGUGUUGUCAAAAAGCAACAAUCACAAAAACACAGACAACAAGAGACGUCAUCAGUGACCUGCAGAAAGCUUCACACGUUCUGAAGAAAUGACCUGAUGCCAGGAGGUGCUCUAGGAUCCCCCCCAUCAUCUCACUGAAAACAGGUCACUCUGAGGAGGGCUGUUUCAGACAGGGUAAAAAGAGCUGUUUUAAAUGAUCCUUGUGGUAUUUUGAACAAAUAUGUUACACACAUUUCAUUAAGACCCCAAGGAGCCAGAUCCACUGUGGUGGAAUGGACAUACGAUGAGUCCUUUUAGAAAUCCUUCAGGAAGUGACCUCAUCACGCAAUCCCCCCUCAGGUGUCGUCACCACCAAACCUCUUCAUGAUGUCACAUGACAUGUGGACCUCCGCUUGUCCUUCUGUGGUGCAGCCAGCAGGGGGCAGCAGUGUGUGGUCCAUCACCUCCGUCUUUAACAACGCGAGGAGAACAUGUGACUCAAAUCUCAUUCAGAAAAACAUGGAGUGAUCACUUUUUAUUAAAGGAGCGUGGACAGGACAGCAGGAAGUGUGAGGUCAUCCUCAGAGGUCAGAGGUCAGUGACCAGUGAUGAUGACCUCCAGAGAAAACACAGAGAUUCUGGAUCAGGUCCACGUUGAAGGAAAGAAAUUCUGAGAUUUCACAAGAGAAAAGUUGUGAUAUUGUGGAUACUCAUGUUUUGUUGCCUCCUCUAAGAUUAAAGAUUAAAUUCUAAAAUGAUAUAUUCUCAAAAUCCAGGAGUCGUUUGGCACAUGGCUCCUGGUUGUGAGUGAAUCAGAUAAUCAGAUCAUGUUGAAACCAGUUCAUUGUACUGGUGGAACUCACAAACCAUAGAAAACACAUCACACAGUAAAUAUCUUUCAGUUGAUAUAUUUAAAUAAACAUUUCAGAGGUUUAAAAUACAGACUUGAUUUCUUUAGGUUUUACUGCACAUGACGAAGCUGAUGUUCUCUCCUCGUGAUGAAGAUGAAGGCAAACAGCUGGAUGGUCACCGAGCUCCCUGUACAAACAGUAUCUGUGCACUGGUUCCAUUAAAGGAACUGGUCCUCUCACAGCUGUAAAGAAGUCGUUUUUAAAUAAAUCUUCACUGUGACGGUU